AUGCUGGAGCUCUCCACGCCCACCCUGCUGCAUCCCAAAGGCAAUUCUCUGCAGAAAGAUAUUCCGGAGGGCAGGGAUGGAGCUGGAGCACUGACCGUCAGAUUCAUCACCAGGAGGUUUAUUGGUGACUACGACCCCACCCUGGAAAUGAUCUACAGACACGUGGCUGUCAUCGACGGGGAGAUGGUGCACUUCGAGAUCCUCGACACGGCGGGACAGGAGGAGGACUCCCUGCAGAUCGAGGAGAAGAUCAAGUGGGGCGAUGGUUUCGCCGUGGUGUACUCGGUGACGGACCGCUGCAGCUUCGACGAGGUCAUGCGGCUGUGUUUCCUCAUCAACCACAUCCACUGCAGCCCCAAGCGCAGCAGCGGCGCCGACCAGCCCCCCGUCGUCGUCGUGACCCUGCCGUUCUUUGAAAUCUCCACGCGGGACAGCUACGACGAGACGGUGGCGGUGUUCCCCAGCCUCUACCAGGAGCUGAUGAGACAGGGACACUUCUCCCCGGGCUCCUUCAAGCGCAGGACGGUGUCGAAGCUGAUGGAGAAGAUCCCCAAGAUGCAGGCCAGCUCCGCCGUGAGCUCAGCAGGUCGCAGCCUCAGCUUCAACUCCUUCAGGGACUACAUCCCCGAGUGA